AAAAUCCAUUACAGGUUCUAUCCAAAAAUGAGACUUUUCUGGUCCCAGAGUUCUUGGAUACAGCUCAGCCCAAAGAGAAGACCGUUGUUCCCAGGCUCAGCAACACACUCCGUAUGUCCACAGAGGAGUCUGAGGCCCCACAGCAGGUUAGUGUCACCCCCACGCUACUAAAGAAUGCCAUCUAUCCCAAACAUGGAGUUAGCUUCAAGCCCUCACCAAAAACCCUUGAGUUGAAACAGGAAAACAUUUCUAAAACCUCAGCCUCCCCCAUGCAGGCCACACAUAGCAAUAUCACUAAGUCCUUGGCAAAAACCACCUAUCCCAAACAGGGGACCACCCACAAGCUCACAGCAAACAGCAUCUACCACAAGAAGGGCAACACGCCCAGGUUAUCAGAGGAUACCAUCCAAUCCAAUGAGGAUAGCAUGUCCAAGUCCCCAGAAGACAAGGAGAGUGAACUCCCCAUGUCUUCACAGGACACCAUCCUGUCCAAAGAUGGUAAAAUCUAUAAACCUUUAAAAGACGGUAUCAUGAUCAAGGAGGGUAAAACAUACAAGUUUUUAAAAUUCAGCACCCUGUCCAAGGAUGGUAAAAUCCAGAAGCCCUUAAAAGACAGCGCCAUGUCCAAGCAGAGAGAAAUCCCCAGAUCCUCAUUUGACACCUUCCUGUCAAAGGACAGUAAAGUCCUGAAGCCCUUAAGAGACACGGACAAGGAGAGUGAAAUCCCCAAAUCCUCAUUUGACACCUUCCCAUCAAAGGCAGGUAGAGUCCAGAAGCCCUUAAAAGACAGCGCCAUGUCCAAGGAGAGAGAAGUCCCCAACUCCUCGCCUGACCCCCUCCUGUUAAAGAUGGGUAAAAUCCUGAUGAAGCCAAUGUCCAAGGAGAGAGAAAUCCCCAAAUCCUCACUUGACACCAUUUUGUCAAAGCCAAGGAAAGUCCAGAAGCUCUUAAAAGACAGCAUCAUAACCCAGGAGAGAGAAAUCCCUAAGUCCUCACAGGACAACACCCAGGCCAAGGAGGAUAAAGUCCAGAAUUCUUUAAAAGCUAUCGUCAUGACCCAGGAGAGUGAAAUCCCCGAGUCCUCACAGGACAACAUCCAGUCCAUGGAGGGUGAAGUCCAGAAUCCUUUAAAAGAUGGCAUCAUGACCCAGGAGGGUGAAAUCCCCGACUCCUCACAGGACAACAUCCAGUCCAUGGAGGGAGACACUUCAAAGUCCUCAGAAAGCACCACCCAGCCUAAGAAGAUAGUCAUCGUUGAGACCCCAGAAGGUUCUAUCCACUCUGAUCAGGGAGACAUCACUGAGACCCUAGAAGGUACCACCCAGUUCAAGGAGGGAGACAUGGCUGAGUCCCUAGAAGAUACCACCCAGUUCAAGGAGGGAGACAUCGCUGAGUCCUUAGAAGGUACCACCCAGUUCCAGGAAGAAAGUGUCAUCAAAUUUUCAGAAGACACCUUGAAGCCCAUGGGAGUCUUAAUCCCACAUUUUGAUGAGGAUACAGUAUCCUUGGACGAUGAUAUGGUGAGAGUGAUCACGGGCAAGGAGGACUUUGAGGAGAUGCUCAAGGAAGCUGGAGAGAAGCUGGUGGCCGUGGACUUCUCGGCCGUUUGGUGUGGGCCUUGCAGGACCAUCAGGCCCCACUUCCACUCCCUGUCUUUGAGGUAUGAUGACGUGGUGUUCCUGGAAGUGGACGCGGACGACUGUGAACAGCUGGUGCGGGACCUGAACAUCCUCACCCUCCCAACGUUUCAGUUUUACAAAAAGGAAGAAAAGGUGGGCGAAUUUUCUGGGGCCCUGUUGGAACAACUCGAAGCAAGCAUUGUGGAAUUAAAGUGA